AUGGGCCCGCCUAAAGAGAAGGAACAACAACGCACCAGACGAACCGUGAAGGCCUGCGUCAUCUGUCAUAAGAAGAAGGUCCGCUGUGACAUUGACAAUGUGGAAGGCGAGGUUUGUUCGCCGUGCGCGAGAGACGGGUAUGAAUGUAUACCUAGAGAGAGGAAGAGGAAACGUUUUACUUUCAGUCCUUCCCCGCCUGCCGGAGCCCGUAAGAUCAAGUCAGGACUGAAUGGAAGCAUAGCCGACGGCUCACAGCCCGCCUUCUCUGUGGAAAGUACAAAUUACACCGACCCUUCAGACGCCAGUCAAUCUGCAUUCCCCAACGAAUCCUCAAUGCGGACGGACGGAAGUUUGAAAACAGAGAAUAGCUUGGGGCGAAGACUCUCCAGUGCAACCAGCUUACACGACCCAUCAAUUAGAGUGGAACGGAACCCGGAAUCUUCAUAUCCGGGCCUGACAAACGCCUCAUCUAAUGGUCUAUCUAAUGACCACAGUAUGCAGCCUGAUGUUACAAAUUCUGCAUAUCCUUCUUCUACCUCACAGACCAACGUCGUCAGCUACCUAGGACGACUGGAAUACCUUCGCAAUGAUGUCCCCGUGGAUGACGACGCAGGCUUGCCGAGCAGUAUGCCCCAUCGGCUUUCUGAAGUUGAUCUCGAAACAUUGCGAGUUCAUCGAGUUUCAGAACUUCCACCUAGGCCUGUGCGCGAGUCGUUGCUCGACGCCUUCUGGUCGCGAUGCCACCCAUGGAACCCCGUCGUCGAACGCAGCUGGGUAGAGAAUCGCGACCCUAACCAAGUUUCUCUACUUCUCCUGCAUGCUAUGCUUCUUGCCGGAAGCAGAGUUUCAGCACCGUUGCCCAAUUAUCCAUCCGCCGAUUUCUACAGGAAGGCUCGGGUUCUUUUUUGGACUGGAGCUGAAGAAGAUCCUAUUAUCACGAUCGCUGCCUGUAUCUGCCUUCAUUGGUGGAACCCUGAAGGGCCAGAGCAAGUCUCUGUGCAUACGAGCAGUUUCUGGCUGCGCAUCUGCAUAGGUCUCGCAUUGCAAGUUGGAUUGCAUAGAGACCCAGGCACCAAGCCAAACGCAGGGUUGAGGCGAAGACUUUGGUGGUCUCUUGUUUGCAGAGACGCUCUGAUCAAUGCCGGCCACGGAAGGCCUCGAGCAAUUGAUCUGAAACUUUCAGAUGUAGCUCCUAUAUCGGUUGUCGAUUUUGAAGGCAUGGUUGCCCCCUCGAAUCUCUUCUCUUCAUACGUGGGAAUUUGUUGUAUCCUUGGUGACCUUACGCAAAGCUAUCUCCGGAAACAUGGCCUGCAGGAGCACAAGAAGUCAUUAGAAGAUAGACUCUUCCGUUGGCUCAAAACCCUUCCCGAAAAUCUACAAUUGUGUCGACCAAUCGAAGGACGGCCUUUAAAACAAUAUAGCUUUGAAACCCGACAACUACAUAUUCAGUAUUUUACGACCUUGAUCAUCUUGAAUCGACCGGUGGAGCCAAAAGCUUCUCCUUCUCUUCCUGCCUUAGUAGCUUCCUCGUUUAUAGCGGGUAUAUUCGAAGAUUUCAUGGCUCGCGAUGAAUUACGAUAUCUCGGCCCUAUCUUCACGUUCUACUGUUUAACAGCAGGAAUGGCGCAGUUGUCGUGUUAUCGAUACAGUAGCCUCAUACCUUCUGCAGAGCAAGAUUUAGCGAUUAUGGGCCGAGCUCUUGAGGAGUUGGGCAAUCGGUGGGCGACGGCUGCAGGCAGCCUUAAGCACCUCUUCGAAGUGCGAGAGAAAGUUACCCAGCGGCCCUCGCUUGGUGCAUUCCCCGAUUUCAGCUUCCCGGCAACGACACAGCAAUUCUUCUCUGAUUUUGGGCCAGACCUAUGCCGCAUGUGGCAUCCAAUAUUCCAACAAUUGCCUCAGACAUCAUCUAUCGCCCCACGCGAACUGGAGACGGCGGGAAUUCUCCAGGGACUUCGAACACCGAAUACGCAACCUAUCGAUUUGGAUAUUAAUGCAAACACAGUAGACCAACAACAGCAACUACUUGGCAAUCCUGCAGUUGGUGGAGCAGCUCUAGAGCCGACACUGCUUCAGCCUCAAGAAUGGUUCGGGACCUAUGGAGGAAUUGGGAAUUGGCUCAUGGUAGAUUGGGAUCAAGGUUUUGGUUGGUGA